AUGCAUCAGCAAGCGGCGCAGCAAUCCUAUAUGGCAGCAGCGGGAAAUCCAUAUCAACAACCAUCAUCUUCGGCAACUCUAUGCUCAUCUCAACAGGCGAAUAUUGCUGCGCAACAGCUGAAUUCACUAUACAACGCUACUGCUGGAGCAUUUCCAAUUCCCUGCGAAUCACCACUCUUACCUGGACAUCAG